AUUGAUUACUAAUCUACACAUUUAUAUUAAACUAGACGGAAACCUUUUAAAACACACUUGAGCUGAAUUAAUUAAUUUUUUCCCUUCCUUUAAAAAUGACACGAGAUUUAAAAGCGCUUCCUACCUAUGAUCAAUUGCCUAUUGAUUCCAAAUAUCCACCCAAAACUGCUUGGGGACUUUGGGGAGAAGAUGAUAACUAUGGCACUCUUAACUUACUAACUGAAGAGCGUGUCGCCAAAGCAUCCAAGUGUAUUUGUCGUGGUGCUAUUUUCCCAUUAAAUUGGAAACUUGAGUCACCCAAUCCCCCAUUAUAUGGUCGAACUGAAAUUUCCCAUACUUACAAGUCUCUUUAUCCCGGUGAUUUAGCAUACGAUGAUAUUCUCACUUUGAACACUCAAGCUUCAACUCAGUGGGAUGGCUUACGCCAUAUCGCUCACUUACCUUCUGGCUUGUACUACAAUGGCAUUAAGCCCUCUGAUAUAGCUAAAGGAAGUGCCCAAGCAAACGGUCGAUUGGGUAUUCAUCAUAUGGCUCAACGAGGUAUUGCUGGUCGUGCUGUCUUGCUUGACUAUGGUCGCUGGGCUGCUAAACAUAAGCCUGAUUUUGAUCCAUUUGAGAAAAUUGAAAUUCCUGUUGAAGAAUUAGACCAAGUAGCAGCUGAACAAGGUGUCACUUUUGAGACGGGAGAUAUUCUCUUACUUCGUACAGGCUGGAUUGAAGCUUACGAAAGAUACGGAGAGAAAGUAGCCGAGAAAAUAAAAGACUUGAAUAACCCUGACGCUGCUGGUGUAAAGUCCGGUGAAGAAACCCAUAAAUGGCUUUGGAACCAUCAUUUUGCUGCUGUUGCUUCUGAUAAUAUUGCUUUUGAAGCUUAUCCUGUUUCUGACUGGACUACUUCUUGUCAUACAUUCUUGUUAGGUGGUAUUGGUUGUCCUAUUGGCGAAAUGUUCUAUCUCGAAAAACUAGCCGAAGAUUCUGCUGAAGAUAAAGUCUAUACAUACUUCUUUACCAGUGCUCCUUUAAAUAAGGACAGUGGUGUUGCUUCUCCUCCUAAUGCUAUCUGUAUUAAAUAAACAUUCUAUUCUAC